UACAAGUAUAUUUGAGGAAGUUGCUUCCACUGCCACUAUCCUUGCCUUAUGUUUCACACAUUUCAAGAGAUUUUAAUGUUUGAACACUCAACACAAGUUACUGAAAAUUCUGAAAAGCACAGUUCACAUUUCACUUUGUCAAUACAAUUGCAAACUUUUUUUCAAAAACGAAUAAUCCUGUUUUAAUUCAUCAGUAAACACAAGGUUUCUUUUAGGCAUUUUUGAGAUUAAAUUAAUUUAAUGCACAAUACAAAAUAAUUGCAAAUGCCGACUAGCAAUUCAAACUCGACUAAGAUAGGACGUGUGAAACAAUGACGUGCCAGUGUAAGUUUUAGUAUUGCCAACUCUAAUUGAAACAAAAUAUGUAAAAAAUGAAAAUAAAAACGUCCAGAUCUCAUCAACUACAUGCUAUUAUAAUUUCUGUGAAAAAUAAAACAUCUAAAUUCAUGAGGCCACAUGCUAUAAAUUUUGGGGGAAAAUAUCUAGACAACAUUAAAAGUACUUAGGUCUAGAUACAAAAUAUUUAGAUUGGCAACAGUAAGUGUAAUAGAGGGGAUAUUUUAGUUAUCAAAUCACAAUUUUACCCAAGGCUGCACUAUUUUUACUUCUUGUAUAUUUGGCACUUGUAAUAUGUAUUGUAUUAAAAUGUUAAAAUGUAAAAUAUUAGUGAGUCCGCCAGGUGGCCAUCGUUGCUGAUGCAUCACGGGAACGGUACCUGAGCGCUCACUUUGGUUGUAACCUCGAGACAAUAAAUAUAACAUGGCGCAGUCGACAAACGUUUAGAGAAAGACGAAAGAUUCUCCCGUACUGGAUUCAACAUGUCCACGUUUCAAAAUCUUCCUCCUCCAAAACCAAUGUUGGUAGAAGGUGACUUAGGAGCGAAUUGGAAGAAAUUUAAGAAAAGUUACCUACUUUAUUCGACGGCGACCGAACUCACGACGAAGAACAAUGAAACUCAAGCCGCCAUCUUGCUCCAUUGUUUGGGAGAAGAUGCACUAGAAAUUUUUGAAACAUUAGAACUUAGUGAGGAAGAAGCGAAACAGCCGAAUGUAAUUCUAGAAAAACUCGAGUUGUAUUUUAUUCCGAAAAGCAACCAAAGUGUUGAGAGUCACAAGUUCAACACUCGUGUGCAAGGACUGAGCGAAGCCUUUGACGAUUUUUUAGCAGACUUACGUAAGCUAUCGAUAAAUUGUGAAUUUGGGAAUUUACGAGAUCGAUUAUUAAGAGAUAGAAUUGUGAGUGGUAUUCGUGAUCAGAAGGUAAAAGAACGUCUACUGCGAGAAACGGAGCUAUCAUUAACAAAGAUUUCUAUACAACAUGUGGGAAAAAAACGAUAA